AAGAAGAUGGCAAACUUUGCGGUGGUAGAGCUUUUAGGGAUGAUCGUCCUGUUGUUGUGUUGUUUAACAGUUCUGGUGUCAGCCGGUAGCAAAAUACGCGAAGAUGAAAUAAAAGUCAGUGAAUUCGAUGUGAAACCGGGAGGUGAAAAGCAUGAAUACCAAGAAUCUUGGGAUGGGGUCACUUGUAAGUUUACAUAUGCAUCACAAGGAGGCACAAAGGAGAAAUGGUCUUUUGGAAUGAGUCGAUCCAGUGAUCUGAAUCAGUACUCCUGUAGUGUAGAGAGGCCAGGAGGAACAUCUUAUUUGUUCUUUCUUAACUUCAAGCUAGAAGUUAUUGGUGGUACUGUUUGGGAUGGAGAGGCUUUUGGAAAUAGAGAAAAACCUCUUAAACCUGAUGAAUUCACAGUGGACCAGGAGAAAAACAUGAUUGCGAGCAAGGAAGGAGGCUUUGGAGCUGAACUGUCAAGAGUAAAUGUUUAUGCAAAUGCUGGGAAAAGUGAAUUGUGAUGAAAAUCUACAUGCAGUGAAAACAUUUUGUCUUUUAUCAUUAACACAAACUACAUCAGCAAAGAUAGUGAAAACAAGGCAGUAGAAUAAAGAUUGGCUGGUGCUGGGCUGUUUGUCUCUGUUAAAACAUGAUACUGUAUUUCAUCUAAAGUUUGGUAUGUGAACAUUCUCUUUCAGAAGCACACAAAGGCCUUAAAGUAAUACUUUUGAUGCCACUGCUUAAGUUUUUCUCAUAAGGAAUUGAUCAAACUUCAUGAAAAACUCUUAAAUCAUAAGGUGGAUGAAUCGGUCAGAAUCAAUCAAAAUGUAUCACCUGAAAAAUGUUAAACUUUACAGGUGAAAGUAUUCCUUGUUACUGCAAUAAUGCAACUGAUUCCCCUUGAUAGAGGCAAAUAAUACCCAAUAUAAAUUUGGGCUAUAAUUCAGAACAUGGAUGGGAAAAAAAAAAAAUAUGGAAGAUUGUUUUGAUAUGUCUUCUACUUUUGUUCUUGGCUUUUUACUGUCAUAAAAGGCCUUGUUGAAUGAGAGGUGUGAUUUUUCUUGUGGUGGUUAUUUUAUAGUCCGAGUUAAGGUGGCAUAAAAUAAUUAUGAGAGUUGGGCAUGUCCAAGCUAAGUAUUGUUUGACAGGCAUGAUGCUGUCAUUUAGUCUGAAAACCCAAGGUAACGAAAGUACUAUUGCAAGCUGCCAGAAUGUGGCCAACAGUAUUUCAGAAAUAUGGUAUUUGUGACUUCACAUCAUGUGUUACAUCGUAGAAGAAAUUACUAUGUUAAGCUGAUGAGGAUUUAUCAUUCUUGGCCAUUUUUUUUCAUAAAUCUAUAUGAAUCUGUUUUCUUAUGAACUUCAUUGUCAGGGAUAUAACAUGAUAAUGUGACGGUAUAUAAGAGUAUAAUUAAAUGAAAAGUAAUGUACAAACUUUUGUGAAAACGAAACAGAAAACAGGUAAACCUGGCAUUUCUGAGUUACAUUGCUUUCAGGUCAGUUGUACUAAUUUGGGUAUCAAUCACAACAUGCGCCUGGUGUAAAGCCGACGAUAACAAUCAUCGAGCAAGAUGCAUAUGAUACAGCGUUUGUAAAAGAUUUCCCAUUAGCGGGCUCAUCUUGAAAUUUCCCAUUUUUAUUUUAUGCUGUAGCUAGCCGAUUGUAAAGGAGAUGUAACUUCUUUGAGUUCACAGUAUAAGGUAUCCAAAGGCAUACCUAAAAAUAUGAAUUUGGACAGAAUACAUCAUUCUUACCUGAUAUAUGCUAGAUUUGAAAGCAGUGGUUGUUGUAAAUCUAUAGGCUAUAAGUGUUAAAGCUCUAUAAAGCAUAUUAUUGUUGUGGAGAAGCAUCUAAAAUAGCAUACAUCUCCAUAUAAAUACGCUAUUUGUGCGAAUUGGCGUAAAAUGCCUUUAUAUUGAGUCAGUUUGUAAGAUAGUUCAAGUGAUGUAUGUAGAAAACCAUGCCCAUUAAAUUUUAUCGCCUGUCAGGCUAUGAUGAUCAUCGGCUAUGAACAUGAAUUAGUGGGUGAUUUUUCUUGAAAUUUUAUAGGCCUUGUUAAGUCUGUAUCUACCAGCUGACAGACUAGAAACUGAUCCCAAGUCUCCUUUGCCUUCAUGUGAUGUUUGACAUGAAAUUAUAUUUUGAAGUUGUUUCUAAUGAUAAUAAGACAAUAGGCUCAUGUGCUGUGAAGUUUAUCGCCUCUGUGUGUAAUGUUUGGUGGUGGUCUGGUUACCAUGGUAAUGAAGCUGUGACAUACUUUUUGUACAUACACAAUAUGUAUUGAUAAUGGUUUAAUUUUUGGAAAUUGGUAAAAAGAUGGCUCAAUACUUUUUGCUUUUUUGUAAGAAACAAAAGAAAAUAUUUAUAUGAUGUAAUCCACACUUAAAUAAUCGUGCAAGGAAAUGUGAAAUACGAGGGUUUAUUAAUCCUACAAAUGCAAUAAAAGAUGUAC